AUGGCGGCGACUACCCGAAGUUCUGGAGGUUGCUGGACCUGCCGGCUUCGGCGCAAGAAGUGCGAUGAAGAGCGGCCCCGCUGCAAUGGUUGUCUUACACUCGAAAUCGAUUGCCAUUAUGGGAAUGACAAGCCAGACUGGAUGGAUGGCGCCGAGAACCAAAGGAAGAAAGCCGAAUGGCUGAAGAAGGAAGUUAAGCGAAAAGCGACACAUCGACGGGAACGUCGACACCUCCAAGGCUUGGAAGUUAGACUAGAAUCCCUCGAUGCGUCGCUCACCGACGAAAGCGACAGCACGAUGCCCAAAGACCUGAUCAAUGCCGUGCCUGUGCCACCUGAUACCGAAAUGGCAUCUGCCCCGUCCUCAGCGUCUAAGGAAUCCACACCGACGUCGAGAUUCGACACCCCGCAGACCGAGUCUUCGGCGUCAGUCCCGACCCCUGAUUCACAAAGCGAUAGCCUUGUUUCAAUUUGGGAGCAAUCUCGAGUGAAGCUGUCGCAGGAAUCCGAGUCGCACUUGACCAUGACGUACUUGGAUUAUGUGUUUCCCUUUUUAUUCCCAUACUAUCGACCAUCGUUCGCAGAUAUCGGGCGCGGUUGGCUCUUGGUACUUCUUAUGAAAAACAAAGCGCUCUUUCACUCUGCCCUCAGUUUAGCAGGGUAUUUCCACGGAAUUCUCUUGGGGCAUAUCCAGGAUGGGAUCUCCGAUUGCCAUGGGCACAGUCUGAAGGUGCUCCAUGAGCAGCAAGGGUUAGCACUCCAAUGGCUCCAGCGGGAGAUGCAGGAGAUCAUAACCCGCGGUGUCAAGGGCAACCUCGCCGAGGCGAACCAUCUUAUGGCCGGCAUCAUCCAGCUCCUGACAUGCGAUCUCGCUAUUACGAAGCCCGGAAACUGGGUGAUGCAUCUAGAAGCCGCAUCGGAGCUCUUUGAUGAAAUCAUGAUCCAGAACGCAAUGACGGACAAUAACCGGACCUGUUUUCUGUUGGUCCUGCUGCAACUAGGUUCCACCCCUUUUACCUGGACCCCGAAGAAUCAUCCAUGGGGCUCCGACCAAGCUAUACUGCGUUUCUUUACCGCCCAAUUACUUUUCCUCGAUACCGUCUCCAGCACCACCCUCCAACAGCCUCCCCGACUACGACGCUGGCACCGGGAUCUUUUGCUUGAGCCUGACGAGCAGGCUAUGAAGGACAUCCCCAUCACUGAUAAAGAACAUGAUUUCCCCCACAUCAAACUUCAUGAGUUUACCGGGGUACACAACUGGGCCAUCAUGUCGAUUGCGGAUAUAGCCGCGCUGGACACAUGGAAAAAGGACAUGAGACGAGCCGGAAGCCUGUCUGUCACGGAGCUCGUAACCCGAGCAUCGACAAUUGAACAGCAUCUCCGGAAAUGUCUUGACGAAAAUGAAGCUAACAGCAAUCGAGAAGACUCGAACACUGGGGAUGCUGAUUCAGCGCUGUUUCGGUAUUUCGCUUCUGGUUUAUCCAGUUCGAAGAUUCAUGAUGUUUCCCUAAACUCUCAGAUUUGGGGUCAAGCGGCUCUAACAUACCUGGCCGUUGUUCUCUCUGGGUGGCAGCCUUCCGCCGCUGAAAUUAGGGACUCUGUCGCGCGGACGAUCGAAUUGCUACUUCGGCUUCCGAACCCUGACUGCCUUCGCACCGCCGUCUGGCCGUUUACAAUCACCGGCUGCCUAGCUGCUCCGUCACAGGAACAAAUAUUCAGGGAUUUAGUAGCCGGGAUGGGGCCACUGAAGGUGUUCAGCACAGUCCGCGAGGGCCUUCUUAUCAUGGAAAAGAUAUGGAAGAAUCGUGCGGUAAUUGACGCCAACCCAGAACAGUGGGAUCUGGGUACUUGUUUGAACCUGUUGUGUCAGCCAGUUUUGUUGAUAUGA